GCCCCGGCCGCGGGCGCGCGAUGGAUACCGGGUGCUGGUUGUUGGGCGGCGAGUUCGAGGACUCUGUGUUCGAGGAGAGGCCGAAGCGGCGGUCAGGACCGCCCGCGUCCUACUGCGCCAAGCUCUGCGAGCCGCAGGUGAGAAGCUGGGGCCUCUUUGACUCAUCCCGCACCCCAGGCCUCGCCCUCCGGGGGUCCCCGGCCCGUCCGCCCGCGCGAACGCAAACCCAGGCCAGCUCCAGCGCCCACCGCCUCCCCCGCGGUCCCUCACCCUACACGGGGAAGCGGACUUCCCAGGCCCCAUUCCGGGUCCAUGGGCGAGAAUCCCCGCGUUGUCAGCAGCUUGACUCCCAACUGGCAUUUGGCCGGCCUGGCUGUUGCCGGCUGGACUCACGCCCCGGCCCUGAAAUCUCCGGUACCUCCCAUUUGCCUUCACUACUCCUACAGCCGGGCGGUCAGGCCCCCCAAAACGGUGACGUCCGGCAUACCCACUCGCCCCUCCCUCUUCAGCGAGCUCCCCCUCCCCAUUUCCAGAAAGCACUGCAGGAGUAUUCCAGUAUCUCUGAAAAAUUGUCACCAACCAAUUUUGCCAUGAAAAGGGAUGUCCAGGAAGGUCAGGCUCGGUGUCUGGCUCACCUGGGUAGGCAUAUGGAAGCGCUGGAGAUUGCUGCAAACUUGGAAAAUAAAGCAACCAACACAGACCAUUUAACCACGGUACUCUACCUCCAGCUUGCUAUUUUUUCAAGUCUGCAGAACUUGGAGAAAACAAUUUUCUGCCUGCAGAAACUGAUUUCUUUGCAUCCUUUUAAUCCUUGGAACUGGGGCAGAUUGGCCGAGGCUUACCUGAAUCUGGGGCCAGCUCUUUCAGCAGCACUUGCGUCAUCUCAGAAACAGCAGAGUUUCACCUCAAGUGACAAAACUAUCAAAUCCUCCUUUCCACACGCAGGAAAAGACUGUCUUUUGAGUUUUCCUGAAACCUUGCCUGAGAGCUCUUUAUUUCCUGUGGAAGCCAAUAGCAGUAAUAGCCAGAAAAAUGAGAAAGCUAUUACAAAUAUCCAAAACUGUAUGGCAGAAAAGAGAGAAACAGUGUUGACAGAGACUCAGCUGAAAGCAUGUGCCUCUUUUAUACGAACCAGGCUUCUGCUUCAGUUUACCCAACCUCAGCAAACAUCGUUUGCUUUGGAGAGGAACUUAAGGACUCAGCAGGAAAUUGAAGAUAAAAUGAAAGGGUUCAGCUUCAAAGAAGACACUUUGCUGUUGAUAGCUGAGGUUAUGGGAGAAGAUAUCCCAGAAAAAAUAAAAGAUGAAGUUCACCCAGAGGUGAAGUGUGUUGGCUCCGUAGCCCUGACUGCCUUGGUGACUGCAUCCUCAGAAGAAUUUGAAGACAAGUGGUUCAGAAAGAUCAAAGACCAUUUCUGUCCAUUUGAAAAUCAGUUCCAUACAGAGAUACAAAUCUUAGCUUAGUGGGUUAUAAAAAGCAAAACCACAAACAUCUUGUACUGUAUUAGUUGUCCUUGUUUACUUCAGACAGGAUCCAUUGCUAAUCAUGGAGUAUAAAUGAUUAUUUAUGUUUUAUAAAACUGGCUUCUGUCUCAAAU